UAUUCAAGAUGGCGACCUCUUACAAGAAGACAUCCAUCAAAACAUAUCCACGUAUUACUGAAAAAGAAACCUCUGAUAACAUAUAUUGGAAGCAGUUAGAGGUUCCAGUGACCAAGAAGGAAUAUGGUGCCAUCACGGACAUUGAUUUCAGCCCCACAGAGCCAUACAACUACGCUGUCACCAACUCAACACGGGUACAAAUUUACAGCUCACAGACCAAUCAGAUCACUCGUACUUUGAAUCGGUUCCGUGAAGUGGCACAUUGUGGAUCAUUUCGAGAUGAUGGUCGUCUCCUUGUUGCUGGAAGUGAUGAAGCCCAAGUGAAACUGUUUGACACAAGCAGUGGAUCCAUGCUCAGAGUAUUCAAAGGACAUGAUGGCCCAGUGAAUGUGACCAGGUUUCUGCAGGAUCGGGUGAGAGUCAUGUCUGGCUCCAAUGACCGCUCAGUCCGAGUCUGGGAUGUCCCAAGCGAGAAGCCUGUGAUGAUUUAUGAUGAGCAUGAGGACUACGUGAGGUGCGGCGUAUCCAGCAUGGCCAGUACAGAUAUCAUCCUCACAGGUUCUUAUGAUCACACUGUUCGGAUGUUUGACACUCGGGUGAAGGGCAGCGCCAUGAUGGUCGACCAUGGGUACCCGGUAGAGAGUCUCGUCAUGUUCCCCCAUGGCAGCAUCUUCAUGUCAGCAGGUGGUAAUGUCAUCAAGGUGUGGGACGCUCUGGCUGGAGGGAGGCUUCUGGCCACACUGACCAACCACCACAAGACAGUCACGGCACUCACCUUCUGCAGCAAGUACCAACGCCUCCUGUCAGCAUCUCUGGACAGGCAUGUGAAGAUUUAUGACGUGGCAUCAUAUCAAGUCGUACACACACUCGACUAUCCAGGAGCUAUCCUCAGUCUGGCAGUUGCUCCCGAUGACAGUCUGGUGGUGGUUGGGAUGGCUGAUGGGCUUCUCUCUAUCAAGAAGAGGAAGAAAGACGAAGGGGAAGUGUUGGUCAAGAAGAAGAAGAAAGCCUCCUUCCGCUACACACUGGCAGGGAAGACCCACAUGCCACACCAGGUGAGCUACCACUUGAAACACAGGAGAGGGCAGCACCUUGCCAAGUAUGAUCUAUACUUCAGGAAGUUCCAGUACUCUAGGCUGGAUGCAGCUUUCAAUGUGACUGGCUGUUUGACAAGCCCGGAGAUCACAGUGAGUGUGAUCCAGGAGCUGGUUAGGUCGGAGCACUCUUGGGCAGCACUGGCAGGAAGACCUCCGUCAUACCUCAAGACUGUCAUCAAAUUCAUCAGGAGAAACAUCACAGAUCAGAGGUUUGCUCACACCCUCACUGAUGUGGCCAAUCUCCUUAUUGACUUGUACUCGGACCAGAUUGGACAAGGGACGGAGCUGGACAACCAGCUGGGGCAGCUGAAGGAGGUGCUGGGUAAUGAGAUGUUGUACAUGAAGGACCUGCUGGAGCUGAUGGGGGCCAUGGACACACUGUUCUCAGCCGCCACCCCCCUCUCCACCCCCAGCAAAGACACGGCCACCACCCCGAACAUCGCCCUCACACCAUCCACCUCUGCUCAGACAGUUUGACGUCUGCUCUCAUCACUAGUGUACAUAUGUAAAUAAAAAAUCUAAGAAGUAA